CACACGCCAGGAUGUUCAAGAAAUUCAAGGACAAGCUCGCGGAGGAGAUGAAGCAGUCGCCUGCGAGGUUGCAGGCGAGUGUGCAACAACUGGCGCAGGCAGUGGUAUCGCCGGCCUUGUCCAACAGCUCUAUUCAGGAAGUGUCAGCGUCGAACGACAAUUUCAGUCUGACGGAGGAUGGAGAUGAAACGCCAAAGAAUACUCCAGUGAAGCAUAGUUUCCAAAAUGUUGACCUGAUGUCGCCGUCUCCGAAUCGUAUGGAGGUCUCGAGACGAUCUUCAGUGAGUAGUAUCACCAGUGACGCGUCCUCUUUGUUUCCAAUGUACGAGAGUCCUCCGAAUCUUUAUCAUUUACAGUCGGAUAUAGAUCAGUCGGCUAGCGAAAUGGACGAUAAUAUCAGUCCUCAUCUUGAUAGAGUUACGAAGGAUCAGUUAUAUUCCGCUUACAAAAAGGUGCAAACCAAAUAUCACAAGUAUCGCGGUAGAUAUACGGAUCUGGCUACACACUAUCGCGAAUUGGACAGAGUGAAAUCCAGGCUGGAAUCUGUAUUGGUUGAAACACAAGACAAGGUUCUAAGAAGAAUAACCGACCUAAAGGAGCAAUGUCAAUUAGAACAACAAGCGAAAGCACACUUAGAGGAUGUACUGAGGAAUGAUAUAGAAGAAAAAGAUCACAUCAUAAAUACAUUGAAUACAAAGAUAAAAUUGUUACAAUCAAGCGGACCAAUUUUAGACAAUUCAGUGUUGGAAGAGGCUCAACCAAAGGAGAGUUCUAAAGAAAACCUAAUCGAUUUGGCAAAUGAAACUAAUGACGAGACUAAUGCGCUAUCGAUAGAAAAUACUCAGUUAAAGGAUAAGCUAAAAAAGCUGGAAAGUCUCGUUUUGAAGUACAAGGAAUCCUUAAAACGUAAUAAGGAGAAAUUUUUGGAUGUGAUGAAGGAGAAGAAUAUUUUGGAGAACGAUCAUGAGACGCUAAAGAAUUCCACUGCCGAGAAAAUCAACGUUACGGAAAGUGAACUGAGUGCGGCGCGUAUCCAGAUUGAAAAACUGACUGAGCAAAUAGAUACUUUGCACAAACGUGAGGAAGAAUCAGCGAUUUCGUUAGCUGAAAAUAAACUUUCCGUACACAGAGAACUCGAGGAGAAAGAGGAACAAAUUAAACAGCUGCGAAUCGACCUGAAAUAUGUGACGGAAGAUAAAGAAAAUUUAAACGAGGCAGUAGCGAGAUAUAAGGCCGAUUUGAGUGAACUAAAAUCCUUGCACACUGAUUCGGAUAAAAAUGCAAUAGAGAAAAUUGAAGCAAUAAAAUCUAUGCAACAAGUGGGAAUAAAACAUCACAAGGAAGUCGAUCAUAGUGAAAAGAUUAAAACAGAAGACGAGAAUAAACUAGACGAAAUAACGGUUCGUUUAAAAGAAAAAGAAAUCGAGUUACAAGAACUACAAGAUAAAUUGGACGAAAUGGAAAAACAAAAUAUAGAAUAUAAAUACGAUAGAACAUCUAUACAAAGUGAACUGGUUGCUUGGAAGACCACAUAUUCGGAUCUGAGGGAAGAAUAUCAAGCACACAAGAUUAUCGCAGAAGAAAGACAAAAAGACGCUGACUCGACGAUUGAGAAACUGCAAACGACAGUACAAAGCGUUGACAAAGAAUUGGAGAACAUGAGAAUCGCGUUGAUCGAUAGGGAUCAGGUGUGCGAAAAUUAUAAUAAAAAGGUGCAACAAUACACGGGCAUGCUCGAAGAAGCUAAGAAUAAAUUGACCGAACAGAAAGCAGAAAUCAUAUCGCUGAAUGAUAAAUUAGAAAAGUUUUCAGAGCUACAAGAAGAAUUGGAGAAUAAAACAAUCGAAUUAAGCGCGAUACAAAAUGAGUUCGAGCUUUGCAAAUCUACGAUCGAUGACUUUAAAAACAAAGUUCAAGCAGAUAGUUCAGUUAUAAAUUUACUGAAAAAAGAGAGAAGCGAUUUUAUAAAUCGUCUUAUUUAUUAUAACGAUUGUAUACAUCGUUUAAAGCAGGAUUGUAUGGUUGUAAAAAAUGUCGUUGCAGAGGAGUUCUUAAAUCAAAAGGCCAAAAUAUUGGACGUGAGCGUGAUUCUUGCCACAUCUUUUACAAAAUUCGAAGAAGAGAAUAUAACACUGAGAUCCGAAAUAGAUGAAUUGCGUUCGAAGAUAAAAGAUCAAGAACAGCUUAUACUCAAAGAGACAGACUUGCAAUCAGAAUUUGUGCAAGUUGCGAAUCACAAAUUCGUACUAGAAGCGGAAUUGAGGAAAAGUAACGAACGACUGAAAGAGAUGAUGCUGAAGAGUAACCAAUACGAUGAACUUAAUACGACGAAUAACAAAUUAAUAGCAGAGAUCGAUAAUCUCAAUUUUAAAAUUCACGAUCUGAAAGUGGCAUCACACAAAUUAACGCAAUCACAACAAGAAAUUAAGGUUCUACGAGAACGACUGAGGACAUUAGAGAACCUUGAAUCUGUAAAUCAUGCGUUAUCUGUUGAGAUUGACGAUUUAAGGGAAAAACAUGCGCAGGCUAGUCAUGCUUUUAAAAAGAUAGAUGAAUUGAACGUGAAGUUACGUGAGGCGACUGAAGUCAUUAAUUUGUUCAAAUCGGAAAACAGCAAUCAAGAUACGUUGCGAAAAGAGCUGUACGCCUCGAGAUUAGAAAUCGCUCGCUUGAAGGAGGAUCUGGCUGAAAAAGAGGGUGAGAUAAAAAUUCGCGAUGAGAAACUAGCAAGCGAAGAAGAGCAUGUCGCCCAUUUAAAAUCCACAUGCGACAGUCAUAUACAGACAAUCGAGGAACAUGUGAGGAAGUAUUUAAACUUGGAAGCUGAGUACCAAGCGACGAGGGAAAAUCACGCGAAAGAAACUACUGAAUUAAUGGAGAAUAACAAGGCAUUACAGGAAACAAUAAACGUGAAACUCGUACAAUUGAAAAAGAUGAAAACUGUUAAAGAACGACAAAGUAAAACAAUUGAGGAGAUAAAAGCUGAGCUUGAUCAAUCAAAGACUCGGCAGGCAGAAAUGUCCAAAAUGUUGGAAACUUUCGAGAAACAGAUAGAGUCGCUGAAAUUAGAAAAUUCUCAACUUGUGACGAUUACCUUGGAAAACAAAGAUCUGAAAGAUCAGCAAAACGAUCUUCUGAGCCGUAAUCAGAAGCUUUGCGAAAAUGAUAAGGCUCUGAAGCAGAAAAUCUCAGAUUAUGAGAAGGAGAUUGAAGAAUUGCGGAAAACAGUGAAGAAUUACAUGGAAUCCUAUAAAUCUCAGCUCAACAAUCAAAGUGAGAAGGCAGAACGUUUAAGCAAUGAAUUAAGUAAUGUUAGUGCGCAAUUAGAACGUAAAGAUGCGGAAUUGAAUUCAUUAAAUGAGAGAUUAGUGAUGAGUGAAAAAGAAUCACAAGAAAUUAAAGGAAAACUUGAUGAGAGGGAUGUCGAGUUGAAGGAUAAAAUUUCCGAAUUAGGUACAGCUAUGACAAACGGUAACGUCAUGAAGGAAGAGAAUUUGCGGCUUUGUGCAGAAUUGAGGACGCUAAGAGAUGAAGUUAAAAAAAUUAAAGACGUGGAAGAAAAGAAUAAAAAGCUGAAAUUAGAACUUAAUGAUUUAAUCCAAAGGAAUUCUGGCGCAGAGGCAAUACGUUCGGAGAACAACAUAUUGAUUGCCGAGCAAAAAAUUCUUAAGGACAGAAUUGCCGAGUUAGAAAGAGUAAAAUCUAGCAGCAUGCAGUUGCAAACUCAUGUAAAUAAUUUACAGUCUAAGAUAUCUAGUUUAGAGGUCCUACGUAUGGAAAAUAGUAGACUGCAGUCGGAGAUUGAAGCUUUGCAGUCCGCGAAAAAUUCGUCGCCGGAAGUGGGCGCCUUGAAAGAUACAUUGAUGGCGAAAGACGCCGAGAUAAAAUUAUUGGAAGAUAAAAUAUCCAACAUGUCACAAGAGAUUGGAAAUUUAAAACGAUUUUCGCUCGAAAUCGAUGAAAGGAGGAAGGGUACAGACUCACUGAGAAAUUCGCUCGCGUCAGCGGAAGAAAAGAUCACCGGUUUACAGUCAGAAAUUAAUUCUCUCAUUCGGACAAACGAUGCGUUAAAGAAAGAAUUGGAAAUUAUCCGUAAGGACAAAGACGCGAAGGGCCAACUCAUCAGUGACACGUUGCGCGAAGAGAAUAAGAGAUUAGAGGCCCAGCUCGAUGAAGCGUUGAUUACAUUCCAAGCGAAAGAGACGCAGAUGCAACUUGCAAAUAAUGAACUAAGAUCGCAAACCAAUCAACUGAGGGAACAGUUGAAGACCAGCGAGGAGGAACAAGGCAUGAGGUUGAAGCAACUGGUGAAAGAGUUUCAAGCUCAGUUGCAUGACAAAGAAGAAGAACUUCAAGCCGCGUUAGAGAAACGUUUCGAUCGCCAACACAACUACGAAUCGAAUCUUGUACAGCAAUACAAAGAACAAUUAAAAGAUUGUCAAAUAGAGUUAACAGAGAAAUCUGAGCAACUCGAGAGUCUUGUUCUAGAGAAAAAAGAUGUGGUAGCAGAGAAGGGAAAGGAUAUUGAUCGCUUGGUAGAAACCAUUGCGCAAAUUAAAAAGGAACACACUGAUGAAAUAAAAGAAUUAGAGAAAAAGUGGAAGGCUAUAGUGCAGCAGAAAAUCGAUAAUCUGCAAGUUAAACAUGAGGACGAAUUGAACGAACUAACAAAAGAGUGGCAAAACGAAAGAAAGCCUGAUGCACAAACUGAUGCAGCUUCCGAGGAAUUGGAAAGUACUUCUCGCGUGGCGAUGGCCGCGAUACACACGAGCACCGGCUCGAUUCACACUUUGCAACAGACUCUGACGUCUCAGAGGCGAGAACUCGCGGAACUUAGGAAACUGGUCAGUUUGCGACACGACACAUUGGAAGAUUCAACGGAAAUUGAGUAUCUUAGAAAUAUUCUGUUCGAAUACAUGAUGGGAAGAGAGACGAUGGUGCUCGCCAGAGUAAUCGCUGCCGUUGUCAAGUUCGACCAAGAACAGACCGCGAAGAUACUUAAGAAGGAGGAGGAUAAGCUAACUCUGGCUCUUGUGAAGCUGCUCUACAGUAUUGGUGAAAUUAAUGGGAAUUCCCAGUAUUGCACCAUAUUUAGUACUGAAAGUACCAGCAUGAAGCAAAUCGAAACCAAAUACGCUGACGGGCAACGUUGCUCGCAUGUGUUAGUAAAUAUGGCAAAGAUAGAAGAGAAGUCGAUUAAUUUCUUCGAGCAGUUAGAACGUGUAUUUCCAAUAAUUAAGGGAAAGAUUCAAGAGGAAUGCACAGAGGAGGAAUUUGCGAAUUUAGUGGAAAUUAUACAAUUCGUCAAGACAACAGAAUAUAUCAUAGAGGUUGUGAUUCAUAACAUAGAACAAUACAUCCGUUGUCACGUGGCGCCGACAUUCUGGAAGAAAUUUGAGUAUACAGAGGAUAGCCAACGGGGUUUUGAAUUGUUCAAAUCUGCUGUUGAUGAUCUGUACACCAGUCUCACAGAGUUUCUGCCGAUUCUAAAAAAGCUAGAAUUCUUAAGACAGAACAAAGGCGAAACAUCAAACAUUGACAACAGUAUAGAUAUAGAGGCACAAUUCAAGCUCAUUGUGAGAGCGACGUUAUUGAGCCAAUUACCUCUGUGUCAUGAAUGUAUCAUAGAACAUUUUUACAAAAUCGCAUUCAAUGUAUUUUGUAAUUCAGAUAACUCGUCACAAGAUAUAUCAAUCAGCGAGAUCCAGUGUAUAGGAUGUAGCCAGGAAAUGGAGAAUUGUCGAUGUCAGAUGAUAGUUUAUAUGUUUCACGAAACAAAUAGAAAAUUAAUCGAGUUGGAAUUAUUGGAGAGACUUGUGGGAAAUGUACUCACAUCGCUAAUCCAUAUUCGUAUUAAAAAUCAUGUAAUUCAAACGUGUGAUAAGACAUUUGAUGUGUCGCAAUUGAUCUCUUUAGAAAAUUGGCUCGAAACUGUCGUGAUGAAUUGGUUAAUAAGAGUUUAUUCCGGUGGUUUCUCGAAAACGGUAGCACUUAGCGAUGAAGUUCGUAACGCCAUAAACAAGUUCAAACAGAAACUAUCUCAUUUUCUGUACGAAACAUACACUAAUAUAAGAAUCGAUCAUCUAUUUAAUAUAAUAAUAGAAUAUCCCGAGUCGCAGCCUGCGGUGGAUGAUCUCCGAGUUUGUUUAGAAAGAACUGAUAAACGGAAGGUUCUGGUUAAGAAUUUGCAAGAAGCGAUUAAAACGCGGCUCCUGCAUGCUGGUGUAAAUACUCCAGAUAUAGUAACCGCUUAUAUUGCUGCGAUCAAAGCGCUCAAGCAUCUUGAUCCAACUGGCGUUCUUCUAGAAGCUGUAACGGAACCUAUUAAGUGCUAUUUGAGGAGUAGAGAAGACACCGUACGUUCCGUCGUUAAUAGCUUGCUUGAUGAUUCACCCAGUGAAUUAGCCGACGAAUUGGUGAAAGGCGAGUGCUUGCAGCUGGACGAUGGUUCGGCGGAUGAUGAGACUGAAGAUUGGGAAAAAUGGAUGCCGGAUCCAGUCGAUGCUGAUCCCGCUAAAUCGACACAGCGUAAAGUAUCCGAUAUCAUCUCUACGCUGGUGAAUGUUUACGGCAGCCAGGACUUAUUCGUCAACGAGUAUCGCACAUUGCUAGCGGAUAGACUGCUUUCACAACUCAACUAUCAUACCGAACGCGAGAUACGUCACUUAGAGUUGUUGAAGAGACGAUUCGGAGAGAAUCAAUUGCAUUACUGCGAAGUUAUGCUGAAAGAUGUUUAUGAUUCGAAAAGAAUAGAUGGUAACAUCCAUUCCGAUACCAGUUACAAUUUGCAGAGGGAACUCUUUCCCACUUCCGCGCUCAUACUAUCAGCGCAAUUCUGGCCGCCGUUCAAGGAAGACUGGAAAUUGAAAUUACCAAGCAUCGUGCAGAAUCAACUGAAUAAAUAUGUGAAGGCGUUUGAGGCCUUGAAGGGAAACAGGACGCUCUGUUGGAAGCCUCACUUAGGAAACGUGAGUCUGGAAAUUGAAUUGAAGGAUAGAAAGCUAGAUAUAAACGUCACACCGGUGCACGCAACAAUUAUCUUGCACUUCCAAGAUAAAAAUGAGUGGACUUUGCAAGAGCUGGCGGAGGUGAUGCAUGCACCGGCGACUGUUCUUCGACGUAAGAUAGCAUUUUGGGUAUCACAAGGUCUUUUGAAGGAGACUUCUAGUGAUGUGUUCGUUUUGCAAGAGGAAAGUACGUCGAAGAACCGUUUAUCGACAGACAUCGUUGAGGAGGAGGAGACUGAGAGUGCAAUGGCUUCAGCCAGCGAUCAGAGAGAGGAGGAAUUGCAAGUGUUCUGGUCGUACAUCGUUGGAAUGUUGACGAAUCUAGAAUCAUUGCCAAUAGAAAGGAUUCAUCAGAUGUUGAAAAUGUUCGCGUCGCAAGGACCGGGUGCUGUCGAAUGCGGCUUACCAGAAUUGAGGCAGUUUCUGGACAGAAAAGUUAGGGAACACCAACUGUUACUUUCCGGUAGUUUCUAUCGAUUACCAAAGUCAUAA